UUCUUCUUUUAAAUAAGGAAGAAGCGGGAGGCGUUAAAGAUAACUUUGUGUAACGUUACUCAAUAUCUCAUUCACAGUAUCUCUUACGGUUUCUGAGAAAUUCGAGUUAGUUAGGAAAAACUACCCACAGCAGAUACUAAUACGCGGGCAACUCGUUGGAGCUCGCUUAACCACAGAUAUAAUUAUUGCUGGCUGGAAUCUCACGCGUUAGCAGUUGGUUAGCUGGUUGGGCUAACGUUCAGUGGUGUGGGUUUAUCUGGGCUGGUUUAAGUUAUUCGUGCUCAAGUGAAGGAUUCAGCUAACGUACUUUUAAUCUAACAAAGCUGGUUAGCAGUGGCAUGCGGAUGAAGGGCAGGGGUAGCCCGCGUUUGGGACUGCGCUGACAGCCCCGAGGACUUAUUCCGCUUAAAUAAAGGCUUUCAGGCUUUCAUCAUGUUUAAUAAGUUCUACGAAUGGAUCGGAACCGGAAUCGCUAGUCUGCGAAACGGAGCUCCAGCUGGUGCUGUUCAUGCCGGUUCCGUGAGAUUGGAUCAGGAUGGGACAUUACGGAGAAAAAGACCCAUAGACAGUUUGGAUGAUGGAGAUGCAGUUGACCAAGAGGAGGAGAGGGUGGUGAAGAAAUUCAGAAUGGGAGACUUUAUGGAUACGGUGAAAAAUGCAGCCGAGGGAGUGAAGACCCAUGGUUCGAGUGUUGCAAUUUGGGUGAAGAACAGUGUCAGACCUAACCCUGGGAACAUGUUGCCAGCAUCACCGGGUCCACCUCAAGCAGGAAUAUCAUCAGAGCCUGCAGCCAAUUCUACUGCAUCAGCAUCUAUGUGGGUGGAAAACAAGUUUGUGGAUCAGUCAUGUGAUAUACUUGAGGCUCCAUCAUCCAACACAUUUGUGGCUCCAUCUAGUUCAGUUGAGUGGAAGACUGUCACAAAAUCUGACUCAUUAAGGAUGGAACAAUCAGUAACCAUAUCAAAAAUAAGCAGAAGACAAGUUUGUAUUGACCAUCCACCCCACGAGACACACAAAGCUAACGGUCACUCGGUUAAUUUACCUGCUGCCUCCACGCCAAAACCAUCCCCCUCUCCCCACUUGGGCAGGUCCCUGUACCAUCGACCACACAGCUUGCUGUCAUCUGGGGAGACCAGUUCAGGAAAAGCCACUUAUACCAGCCUGUAUGAGAAGACCUUUCCCAUUCGAGUGGUUCAGAGUCCUUCACAUGGCAGCUCAAACCGUCACCUCCGGACCAGAGUCCGCUGUACAGCACAAGAGUCUGUGCGUGAGGAGGAAAAGGAGGUUUACAGGCAGCUCUUAGCCAUGGUGUCCAGUGGCCAGUCGACCUUCCUUCAUGAUGGAAGUUCUCACUCCAGCAUUCGUUCACAUCGAGAUUUCUCCAGCUUCCUGUCAUCCAGUCGAAGUUUUCUUCAAUGUGCCUCUCCGGCAGGCUCCGGUGCUGGUGUUUCAUCCUACGGGUUAUCCAGUAUGCCUCCCAGCCCCCAGCCUGGGUCCAGCCAGGCUUCCAGUGCCCUGCCCAGUCCUGGUGCAGCCUCCAGCAUUCCAGAGCCUCAGCAAUGGGCCCAUGACCUUGAGCCCAGCACUAAAAGACCAGCUGUUCCCUCAGCUCCAUCACCAGCUGCCCUUCAGGAUACCUCCUCUCAGGACACACAGUCAUCAGCUUACGAUGGAGAUUCAGUCAUUUUUGUAAAGGAGCAACAGGGCAAGAAGCCUGAGAGCUCGAGUGUGCCGUGCUUCCAGGCUGAGCUGUGGAUCAAAGAACUGACUAGUCUCUAUGACUCUCGAGCUCGGGAACGACGGAGGUUGAUUGAAGAGCAGGAAGCUCUGGCCUCUCAGCUCCUGCGACAGCGUCUCUCUGGAGAGGGCCGAGCCAUCCCAGCGAGUGUUGAGCUGAAGGUUCGAGUCCCUCUAGAGAAGGAGGUUCCUGUUGCAGCAGUUAUCAAAGAGCCUCAGCCUAUUAAAGAGGAGCAGGAAUUCCCAGAGUUAACAGAGGACAUGGAGAAGGAGGUUAGCAGAGCUCUGAGAGGCGGCAGUCAAGAUGAGGUUCUCAGCGAGGGCUUCCGCCUCACCAUCACCAGGAAGGAUCUGCAGACCCUCAACCACCUCAACUGGCUCAAUGAUGAGGUUAUUAAUUUCUACAUGAACAUGCUUGUGGAGCGCAGUAAACAGCCCGACCUGCCCUCCGCGUACACCUUCAACACCUUUUUCUAUCCCAAGCUGCGUAGCUCCGGUUACUCUGCUGUCCGCCGCUGGACUAAGAAAGUGGACAUCUUUUCUGUAGACAUCAUUCUGGUGCCUGUCCACCUGGGGGUACACUGGUGCUUGUCUGUGGUGGACCUUCGUAAGAAGAGCAUCACUUACUUUGAUUCCAUGGGAGGAAACAAUGACGAAGCCUGCAGGAUUUUAUUAAAAUAUCUGAAACAAGAAAGUGAAGACAAGAAAGGGCAGAACUUGGAUACCUCAGAAUGGACUCUAAAGAGUAAAAGGCGCAAUGAGAUCCCUCAGCAAAUGAAUGGAAGUGACUGCGGAAUGUUCACAUGCAAAUAUGCUGAAUACAUCACCAAAGACCGACCAAUCACAUUCACACAGAAACACAUGCCCUAUUUCAGAAGACGAAUGGUAUGGGAGAUCCUGAAACAGAAACUCUUGUGAUUGGACACUAUUUGUGUUUGUGUGUGUGUGUACAGAACAUUAUUUUGAUGUGUCCUAUGGAUAUGAGGGCACCUGUGCACUUCAGGAACCCCGAGACAAAUAUGGGAUGCCCUCAAUCACUGCUCUUUCUAUGCUGUCUAAACGAAACAAGGGAAAUCCUCAUGCACCUAAAGGACACAGUCUCAGCCUUCAAGAGUCAGGGCAGUGGAUUUUUAUAGUUCCUAUAACUUGACAUACUUUUGCUUAGCCAGCUAAUGUUGUUUGACUCUGGAAGGAUGUUAUUUUCAUAUUUUCAAUAUUUUUCUUGUUCUACCAGUUACUGUCAAUAAUAAGGCCUGUCUUUAGAUGAAUUCAAAUGAUUUGUUUCUGUUAUUUGGCAGAGAGUGUGCUUGAUCUCAAAUCACCUGAAGUCAAGAAGUUUUAAGCUGAUAUCUUUUCACUCUAGUACUAGUAAAACAGCUGGAAAUGACAAUCACAGACUCACUCAGUGGUUUUGUAAUAAUUUUACAGCAGUUUACUUAAAAUUUGUGACAUUUGAUACCUGUUUUAUAUAGAAACUUGAGGUAUUUAACUGUUAAGUUCAUUUUAUUUUAAAUAAGCAACUAAGACUCAGUUGGCUUUAUGCACAGCUGCACUACUGCCAGCUCCUUUGUUUGCUGUCUGCCAUAUUUGGACAAACUGAUUAAUCCAGGUGUGACUCAGGCACACCUGGAUUAAUCAAUUAGGAAACAAAGGAGCUGGUAAUGUAGUGUAGCUGUGCAUAAAGCCCAUUAGAGGUCUUAAGGUUGUAUUUUUUUUUUCUAGGGGUGAUGAAAUGCGUUUGACUUCAGUAUGGUUUGAGAUUGAGUUCUGUCAUCACAGGCUUAAGUUUAUUUGUAUCAGUAUUUGCUCUUUGAUUAUUUGAAGAGUCUUGACAUUUUUGGUCAUCUCAUAGACAGACUGAGUUUAACCCAGUUGCACCAUCUUUUUCUGUUAUUUGACAUUACUCAGUUCUUUUGUGUAAGAGAAAACUAUUUUUUCCAACUGUUUCUAAAAAAAAAGUCUGCAGGAUAUUGACAAAUAUUGUAUAUACAGUGGCUAUGGUAAAUUUGAAGACGUAUUUAAUACUCAUUUUGUACCUUUUAUUAUCUGUUUUUGUACGUGGAACAGAUCUUAACAGAAAUAAAUUCCUGAGGUUAUGCGUGUAUCAGAUGACAAUUGAAGUAAUUUCAAAUGAAUUCUUGAUUUUGUGAAUCAAAGAAAUUCCUGUUUUAUGUGCUUCAGACAUGAAAUUUUACUUGACCACCAACAAAGCAAAAAAAUAUUAAAGAUGAUAAAACAGGGUUGGGUAUCUACAAAUGUCCUGUUUAAUUUCUGAUUCAUUCGCUGGUGUAUUUCAGUUAUUUUUACAUCACAAUGGCUUUGGACUGACCCGAGUGAGGAGAGUGAAAAAACAAACAAACACGCAAAUCGACAUGAGGUUGACAAUUUGAUCAUUCUUAAGCUCAAACGUGUCCACAGUUGUAUAUCUAUGAAUUUGUGAAUUGUAUUUUGGGAAUAUAAUUUUAUUUUGCGCACGUGAAUUGCCUUUAAAAAGCUCUUUUUUUUCCCCGGCGCACAUGAUUUUUUUUUUAUGCAUAUGAAUUAGCCUUUAGGUUUCAUGAAAUAGGCUACCCAUGUGUGGCAGCAUUUUUUUUUUCUUUUUUGUGUGUGAAAUAUUAAUGAGACUGAUCUGGAUCAAUUGAAAAGCGAACAAUAUUAAACAACAUGGCUGA